UCCAAAUUGGGGUGAAGAUUCCCCCUGUGGACUGAGCAGGAAAGUGGAGGUGUUGGACCUCACCACAUAUGUCCAUGUGGGGAAGAGGGGAAGAGAUCAAAUGUGGAUGGUGAUAUCUACCGAGACAUGGUGAAUUGUCCUCAGGAAGUAAUUUCACAAUUUAUGCAAUGAUACCACAGCUUGCAUGUCCUUGUCUUUACAUGAUCAUUCUCCUUAUCUGGCAUCCAUAAUCCAGCAUGACUUUUUUCUUCUUCUUGCAGGGUGGUGGUGGUGGAGCAGGUGGACUUAUGAAUAUGCUUGGAAGUGGUGGUGGUGGUGGUGGAGCAGGUGGACUUAUGAAUAUGCUUGGAGGUGGUGGUGGUGGAGGAAGAGGUGGACUUAUGAAUAGGCUUGGACGUGCUGGUGGUGGAGGAGGAGGUGCUGGACUUCUGAGUAUGCUUGGAGGUAGUGGUGGUGGUGGAGGAGGUGGACUUAUGAAUAUGCUUGGAGGUGGUGGUGGUGGUGGAGGAGGUGGACUUAUGAAUAUGCUUGGAAGAGGGGGUGCUGACAACAGAAGUGGCAAACGGUCAAGUAAACAAGGGAAUUCAAGGAACAGAAAGCAAGGUAGAAGGCCAAAUAGACCGAGGUAUAUGAAUAAUGGUGCUGGAAAUGGAAAUAUGGGCACGUAUGGAGGUGAUAGACAUGGAAGUAUGGGCACGUAUGGAGGUGAUAGACAUGGAAGCAUGGGCACACAGGGGCAGGGAGGUGGAAUGAUGCCCAUGCCCGGAGGUGGAAUGACAGGCAUGCAUGGCGGUGGUGGAAGCGGAACAUGGGGCACGCAGGGGAACGGACGUGGAGGGAUGGCCGCGAAUGGCGGUGGUGGAGAUGGAAUGCCGGGCAUGCAUGGCGGUGGUGGAAGCGGAACGUGGGGCAUGCAUGGCGGUGGUGGAAUGCAGGGCAUGAAUGACGCCGAUGGAGAAGGAGAGAUGAGAGGCUGAUACUCAAAUAAGGAAAAUGACGGAAAUUACAGAAAUUAUGGAAAUAAAUGAAUAUGCUGGCAAAGGUCCAACAGCUUUCCAUGUACCUGCAAAAUGAACCAGACUGUUCUGCUCAAGGACAUCCAAUGAUCCAGCCUACUCAGCGCUUGAUGGUGAUGGGGGCACUAGAUAUAGCUUGAUUUUAAUUUGUUUCCUGUAAUAGAAUAGUUUGUUGUCCUUGGUGUGGAAAAAAACCUUUGUGAAAAUAAAAAGAAAUAAAUCCCAAUUGCACAAACA